AUGUCCGGAGGUAAAGGUGGUAAGGCUGGCUCAGCCGCUAAAGCUUCUCAAUCUAGAUCUGCCAAAGCUGGGUUGACUUUCCCAGUUGGUAGAGUCCACAGAUUAUUGAGAAAAGGUAACUACGCUCAAAGAAUUGGUUCUGGUGCUCCAGUCUAUUUGACUGCAGUUUUAGAAUAUCUAGCAGCUGAAAUUCUAGAAUUGGCUGGUAACGCCGCUAGAGAUAACAAGAAGACGAGAAUCAUUCCUCGUCAUUUGCAAUUAGCCAUCAGAAAUGAUGAUGAAUUGAACAAGCUGCUUGGCAAUGUUACUAUUGCUCAAGGUGGUGUUUUGCCUAACAUUCACCAAAACUUACUACCAAAGAAGUCCGGAAAGCCAACAAAGGCUUCUCAGGAAUUGUAA